ACGACGCAAUGGACCUCGAGUGCUCGGCGAUUGUUGCGAUGGAGUUUUCACCGGAUGACGUUUUGUUGGCAACUGGCUCAAGAAACGCAGAUAGCGGAAAUGCCAUUAUCACAAUAUGGGAUGUCGGGCUGAAGGUCCCGCUUAUGGAACUAGUCGGUCAUGUCUCGACCAUAUCAGUUAUUUACUGGGCAACCAACUUGAAUGAAGAUAAUCCGGAAGUAAAGGAAGAUGGUAACUUAGAUAGCGAGUCAUCGAAGCUCUACACUAGGAGGAAAAUAUUGGCAUCUGGAUCAAAUGAUGGUACAAUCAUUGUAUGGGAUAUACGAAACGGGAAAGUAAUCAAGAAGAUAAAUGCAGGAAACACUCCAAUUGUGUCAAUAAUGAUGCCUAACGAAUUCCAGGUCAUCUCUGUUGCAUCCGACCACACAAUCAAGAUAUGGAGUGUCGACUCAGCCCGUUCAAUGGUUGCUGGCUUGGUGGAUAUCCCAAUGACAGACAGUAUGGAUCUCAGGCUGAUUGGAGAAAAUCAACUUCUUCGAGUUAUGCCCGAUGGUGCAGAGAUAUGGCGCCACGAUCCAUGGACUCAAGAGCAAGGUAUCAAGUCCGAGUUGAACAAGCUACCAAUCAGAAUCGGGCCGAGCGAUAAUCCUCAAUGCAAUAUUACAGAGGAAUUCGACGGAUGGAAUGUGAGGAUUCUAUCAUCGAAGACUGAUGAUCCAAAAGCGAGAAGCUAUGUCCUAAAAUUGAGCUGGCUCGAUACUUCAUCAAACUCAAGCGAUUCCCCAACAGUGCCACCCAAUCCUCUGACAUUACUGGACAAGUUUAAGAAGUGGGAAGAAUACAAACCCAAAGCCAAUAAUCCAGGAGUGACUGAGACACCAGAACUAUGGAAGCAAGGAAAACUCCAGAUCUCCGCCAAGUUUAAAGAAGAUGAGAAUCAGAAAGCAGAUACGACAAGAAUGGCCUUUGAUAUUGAACCUCAAAGAAUCUCCAACCUUGUAAAGGCGGCAGAUUUAACAACGGCGAUCGCUGUGGACAUCUCAACCGGUGUUCCUGACCUUGUACUUGCGGGAACUAAAGAUGGCCAGGUGAUCUAUUCAACGAAAGACAAUCCUAAAAACCCCAAAUCGAUCAAAGUUCAUGAUGGAAUCAUCAACUAUAUUGCCAUCUCCUUUGACGGGAAUCUUGUGGCAACUUGUGCCGGUGCUCAAGUUCGCUCUCGUGACAAAUCGAUCAAGAUUCUGAUCCGAUUAGAAAUCCAGACGGGAAAAUAUAGCGCCAUCCUCAAGUGGGAAUUCGACUAUCCAGCAAGAGUUGUGGAAUUCACACCAGAUAAUGAGCAUCUUGCGAUCGGCACAAGUGACGGUGUUGUGCGUCUGUGCAAUAUCAAAACGGGUGAAGUAACAACAUUCACUGCACACAGCGGAGCGGUUACCGCCCUAAGUAUCUCUCAAGAUGGCGGUAUUCUCGCAUCGGGCUCCUUGGACAAGACAAUCCGAUUAUGGAGCUUGGAUCAAACCCGCAACCACCUAACCUUGAAGGGACACAAGAAAGGAAUCUCCUCAUUGGCCUUCGUCCAAGUGAAUAGCAAGGAACUACUGGUUUCGAGAUCUAAGGACGGUAACUACAAAUAUUGGGAUCCAAUAACCGGGCUCAAUGUGGAGUCACCAAAAGACUUGAAGGAAAGUGAAGAAAAGUGCAUCUUGGUGUCGCGAGGGCAAAUCCAGAUGAAUUCCACUAUAGUAAACGUCGAGUGUGAUAUCAAAAUACCAGGAAGUGAGCCCGAAGCCUUGGUUGUCAAACUAUCGGAUAUACAAACGUCAAGUGAAGAAGCUGGAUGGGUCAUCAAACGCGACGACAACGUGGAAACAAAGCUUGCCUGGAUACCAUAUGUCUACCGAGGUCACAAGACCGAGUAUGACGAUAAAUAUCUUUACAUCUAUGGUCUCGGUGAGAGAGUCACGACCAUCGAUUUGGGAUCGGAUCAAGUUCAAUUUUAUCCAACAGGAAUGAUAAAGGACGAAGAAUGCUCAACACACACUCUCUCCACACGUGAUGAUCCUGGCGAUUCCACCGAAUGA